AAGUCGCCCUCUAUGUAAAGCACGUUUUCGAUCGGCUGGGUGAUCGGUGUCGCGAUCAUAAUUAGUUUUGAAAUGGAGAAAUUAGUCGAAGCAGGCCCUUUCCUUGCCCCUGAAACAAUAUUUCAGUUCGUGUUCAUUUUUUUCUGGGUGAUGUACAUGUGGGAAUCCUAUCUCUCGUACCGACAGAGGCAAGUCUACCGUAACACUGCCGAGGUACCAGACCCGCUGCGCGACAUCCUUGAUCAAGGGACCUUUGAGAAGUCACGUCUCUACCAGCUGGACAAGAGCUCCUUUGGUUUCUGGCAGGGUGUCUUUUCUCAGCUAGAGUCCUCGGCCAUUCUUCUCCUUGGUGGCAUUCCAUACUUGUGGGGACGAGCCGGCCAAGCCAUAGCCUACUUUGGCUAUGGCCCAGAAAAUGAGAUCAUUCAUUCGCUGAUGUUUCUCCUGCUGGUGUCGGCUUACAGCACCGUUGUUGGCCUGCCGUGGACCAUCUACAGCACCUUUGUCUUGGAGGAGAAACAUGGCUUCAACAAACAGACAGCAGGGUUCUUCAUCAAGGAUCAGAUCAAGAUGUUCUUGGUGACGCAAGCCCUGAUGGCUCCCAUCGCGGCUGGUCUGCUGUACAUCAUACAGAUGGGCGGCCAGUACUUCUUCAUCUACGCCUGGCUGUUUGCGUUUGUUGUUUCCUUGAUCAUGAUUACCAUCUACGCUGACUAUAUCGCCCCGCUCUUUGAUACGUUCACCCCGCUGCCUGAGGGUGAGCUGAGGACCAAGAUUGAGGAGCUAGCCCGGAGCAUCGCCUUCCCACUCUACAAACUCUACGUAGUCGAAGGUUCCAAGAGAUCUUCUCACAGCAAUGCCUACUUUUACGGCUUCUUCAAGAACAAACGCAUCGUGCUGUUCGACACCCUGCUGGAAGAUUACACGCCAGUGGGGAAAAAAGAGGAAAAACCUAAAGAGCAAAGCGAACCCACCACGCCCCCGGACGAGAGUCCGGAACCAGACAAAGGAGAGGAGACCGGACCAAAGGAGGACCCAGCCUCCACCGAGCCGGCUAAGGAGGACGAGGAGAAGAACGAGAAGAAGAAGACUGGAUGCAAUGAUGAAGAAGUCUUGGCAGUUCUCGCCCACGAGCUGGGCCACUGGAAACUCAGCCACAACCUUAAGAACCUUGUCAUCAGUCAGGUGAAUUUGUUCCUGUGUCUGUUUCUUUUUGCCCUCCUCAUCGAGAGGAAGGAGCUCUUUGAGGCAUUUGGUUUCUACGGCACCCAGCCCACCCUCAUAGGUCUCGUCAUCAUAUUCCAGUUUGUGUUCUCGCCAUACAACGAGGUGCUGUCCUUCUGCAUGACGGUGCUCUGCCGCCGCUUCGAGUUCCAGGCAGAUGCCUUCGCCAAGUCCCUGCGCCGGGCCACCGAGCUGCGCACAGCCCUGAUCAAGCUGCACAAGGACAACCUGGGCUUCCCACUGGCCGACUGGCUCUACUCCACCUGGCACUACUCCCACCCUCCCCUCCUAGAGAGGCUGGCCGCGCUCGGGGAGAAGACGGACUGAAAUCGGCUGCUCUGCUGUCAGUUCCAGGAGCCUGUGAAUUAUCGAAUCAGGACACACUGUACUCACUGCACACUCGGUGACUUAUGUUGAAGGCGAGUCCUUCGUAAGUAUUUAUCAGUAGUCAUCAACAGUGGUUUUCCAAGUGCUUGAGUAGGUGGACAAUGACUAGGAAAUGAACUUUAAUUCAACCAGUUGUCAAUCGCUCUUUCACAAUGCAAAAGGGCAGGUCAGUAACUUCGGUUACACUUGAAUGACCCUAGCUUGGCCUUUUUAAAAAAUCUCACUGUCACUCAGUUUUCACCGUUGGCUGCGAUUCUCACAGUGUACAUUGUCACUGAAAUCUCAUGCAAUUAUUUUCAUGUGAAUGGUUCCCUCAGCACAUGUAUUGAUAAAAGGAAUCAGUUAUUGAUAAACAGUGGUGCAAACAUCCCCUGGAGCGUGGCUGCAAAUGUCAACUAGAUAGUCCAAGUCAUCCAUACCCAUGGCAGGGUUAAGGCGCCUUUCCAUAUGUACGUUUUUGGGGUGCAUUCCGCUCACGAUGCGUUUGUGCGUCUCACUUUCACGGAUACAAAAAUUGACUCCAUUAAUAUAAUGCAUUUGUGCGUUGCAUUGGGCUGUCAAAAUUAACCUGGAAGUGAUUUUGACCGAUACGCAAUGCUUGGCGCAAGUGUUGACGGGCAUAUGGAAAAGCGCCUUUGGUCAAACAACAGUUAACUGAAGUAGUGACUCCAACUUGCCCUUCGGUGAGUAACUCGUGGCUGGAAUCGCAACUGAGGCACCUGUGAUAUAUACAAGUGAGGACUCAGGAGUACUUCUGAUGUAUUCGACGGCAACUUCGCUCAGUGAACCUCAUGGCCAUGGCAUAGGUGUGCGUAUUUUGUCAGCUACCAGAAAAAUCACACAUGCAAGUGGUCUCACGGGACAGCUGGUGCAGUCUUACAGUGUCAGAGACGACUUGCCGCCCUUAACAAGGAUUCGCUUCAUGGGUGUAUCGCGUGCUACGCAGCCAUAGGAAAUGCUCUGUAAGUUGCCCGUUUUCCCUGUUUCUCUGUAAGCUUAUGAAAUCAUGCACAAUUUGAUUGUAAAAGGACAAAUCACCGAACACAUUUAAAAUGACUGUUUGCAAGAAAUGGGACACUUUCAUUGGAGGUAACCAUUUUGAUUGAUGGUGUCAUUGUGACUGAGUAGCCGGUAGUGGUGGGCAUCUGUCGGUCCCCAAGGAAUCAUGGACUUGUGCAGCUGGAUGUGGCUGGUAGCCUGUAAUGGCCGUCAAAAUAGCUAAAACCUAAGUUGUCGAAUGUCUGCUUGAAAAGCUUCUCUGUUUUAUGUAAUGGCGCUCUCGUAGUCUUCAGUGCCAUGUUCUAAGGCUCUGCCAAAUAUUCAGAUAUCGAUCAAUUUUCAAAUAUUUGACUGUGCAUUUUCAAUUUGGAA